AUGUCUCCCCAGGAGCUCCGCGUGCCUCGCACGCCCCAGAUCCGCAACGACGAGGAGUUUGAGAAUUUUUUGAGCCGGAUCCAAGCCACAGAAACUUGGAGGUACAUCAGCGGCCUCGCCCGGUUUGAGUUCAUGGUGCCCAACCUUUCCCACCAGCUCGUCGCUCUCUUCGAGCAACCCCGUAGGCGUGACCUGCCACCCGCGUGGAAGAACCGGCUCGCGGUUGAAAAGCUCUCUUUCGCCGUCAAGAACCUCGUCAUCUACUUCCUCACAGGUGACGACGUCCCUGGUGGCUCGUACCUGUGCAGCCUUCUGGGUGCCAACUGCCUCGAGCAGUCCAUAACCGUGGCCCCAGCCAUGGAGAGCGUGGCGAUGGGAAGCAUGCUCAUCCAGAAAGCCGGCGCCUUCCCUCUCUGUGUCUUGUUCACAGAGUCCUCAGGCACUAGAAAGUGCUGCAACGGCGUCUAUCGGAACUCAAACAGCGCCAUGAUGCCACCUGUUUGGUUGCCGCCUGCUUCUGCUCCGGUGAACCCGCCGAUGCUGCCUUCGGCUGCCCCUCCGGCCAUCCCUCCCACACUGCCACCGCCGUCCUCUCUGGGCCGCGGCCUCCCUCAGAUGUUGCCUUCGGCGUCUUCUCCAGCUUGCCCUCCUAGAGGCAAUCUGCGCCCGCCGUUCUCCCAGCCUCUCGCUCAUCGGUAUACGCCUUCGUACUCUCCGCCGCCUGCUCAGGCUCACUCCUCGACCCCCGCUCCGGCUGCCUUCAUCAAGGCCGAGAGUCCAGAGCUGCCAACUGUCUUUGGCGAAGCUGCCAGCCGCCAACCCGUCCAAGAAGCACCAGCCCAGCAAGAGAGUGCCCUUGGAUUCCUCACUGGCACCUGGGAGGAGCGUCGCGAGCCCUUGUACCGUCAGGGACCGGGCAACAUCUCCAUCAGCUACGCACACCCGGCGGGCUGGUUGCAGGAUCAUGAGGGUCACCUCCUUCCUACCGGGAUCAACGGAAUCAGCAGCCUGGUUGUCAACUUGGACAACCCUUUCACUCCGACUCGUCUGCCCAGCGACUCGCGAAGCCUGGUCUGCACUGUCCAUGAGGGCACACUGGAGGUUAUCAUGGAUGGUGCCCCGGUCUUCAACAUUGGUUGUGGUAGCCAGUGGACUGUUGGUGCCAGGCAGGCAUGCCGCGUUCGAAACGUGAGAGUUGGAGCGAAGGCAGUUUUGUACAUUGUUGGAAUCUCCUCCCAGCGGGGCGUAGACUGGGCUCUUUCUCUUGUGAUGAGAGAGUUUCUCAGGAACAGCUGCCGUCAAGGAAGAUGA